AUGUCCUCUUCAUCCCAGAACCCGGAGACUGUACCCUUGCUCGCGCACGCACGAAACAUGGCUUCAGGCGCAGACGACUUUGGUGGCCCUCCCGUGGACAAAAAUCCGCAGGACACUAUCCCAGUCGCAUACGAAGAUGAGAAGAACUCGAAGAAAGCCCCAACUGUUGAGAUACGAAAGGAGUCAGACGAGCUUCUCCUGAGCCAUCCUGGAUCAGAACGAAGAUUCUGGUUCCAGAGAGGCUCUAAAUUUGACACCUCAGCCAUCGCAACCCAACGCUCGGUCUUCGAUGACCCGGAUCUUGCCAAACACUAUCAGCCCGGUCCAGACUGGGAAAAUCUCCACCGUUUUGACCCGUCUGCGAGAUGGACAUGGGGAGAGGAAUACAAACUUAUUCGCAAAAUUGACCUCCGCAUCAUGGUUUUUGCCUGCAUCAUGUUCAUGGCUCUGGAACUGGACCGCUCCAAUCUGUCUCAGGCGCUUACAGACAAUUUUCUCGGAGAUCUUGGCAUGAAUACCAAUGACUACAAUCUUGGUGAGACAGUGUUCAAGCUGUCUUUCCUUUGCGCCGAGCUUCCCUCCCAGUUGGUUAAGCUCUCCUUGGAAUUUUACAAGGAGGAUUUAUUCCAGAUGUGUGUUAUACUGUACCUGUCGUACUUUUACAAACAUCACGAACUCUCCCUUCGGCUGGGAUUCUUCUGGACUGCAAUGAGCAUUGCCGAUAUUUUGGCCAGCUUCCUUGCCUACGGUAUCCUGCAUCUCCGGGGCCAUGAAGGACACUCGGGCUGGCGUUGGUUAUUCUUGCUUGAGGGUAUCUUAACCUUGGUCAUUGGCCUGAUUGCAUAUGUCCUCAUGCCGCCAGGCCCAACACAAACAGCGAACUGGGCGCGUGGUAAAAAAGGCUGGUUCAGUGAGAGGGAGGAGACCAUCAUGGUCAAUCGUGUCAUUCGCGAAGACCCCAGCAAGUCAGACAUGCACAACCGAGAGGCCCUCACUCCCAAAAUGUUGUGGCAGAGUUUGAAGGACUUUGACAUCUGGCCGCUUUAUAUCCUUGGCCUUACCUUCCAGAUCCCCAUGACUACGCCAAAGAACUACCUCACACUGACACUUAAAACUCUCGGAUUCAGUACAUUUACCACGAACUUGCUCGUCAUUCCUUCUCAAGUCAUCCAUAUCUUCACAAUGUUGGGCAUUACGUACUUGGCUGAGGUGUGGCAAAAUCUCACGUUCACGGCGAUGAUCGGGCAAAUAUGGGCAUUCCCCUUCGUGCUUGUUCUCUACAUACUGGAUAUCAACCAGCUGAACCACUGGGUGGCUUGGGGAAUUAUGACAAUCUUUCUCAGCUACCCAUCAGCUCAUCCGAUCCAAGUGGCCUGGAAUUCGCGCAUCUCAAACACUGUGCGCUCUCGCACUGUAUCCGCAGCGAUGUACAACAUGUUCGUCCAGGCGAGCGGUAUCAUUGCCUCUAAUAUCUACCGCGAAGAUGACAAACCCCGCUAUCUCCGCGGAAACCGUGCCCUGCUUGCCGUCAACAUCAUGAACAUUAUCCUGUACUUGUUGACAAAGGCGUACUACGUCUGGCGCAAUAAAUCUAAGGCAAAGAAGUGGAACUCACUGACACAAGAAGAACGAGAGGAGUAUCUGGCUACAACGACGGACAAAGGAAACAAAAGACUGGAUUUUCAAUUCGUGCAUUAA